UUCCGUCGAGAGAAACAACUUUGAAGUUGAAAAAACGUCCCGGCUUGUAUUUUUGAUACAAUUAAUAUUUUCCAAAAAUAUGGCCACGAUGCAAACUAUGCAUUAAAUGAUCUCGCGUUGGAGUUUGGGAUCGGUUUCAUCUUCAAGAGGUGGAAGCGACGAUUCUUAUUUAACAAGGGAAGCUACCUUUUCUGUUAGCCAUUGUGUAGCCACGGGGCUAGCACAUUAGUAGCUGCACACAAAAAAACCGCUUAUCGCUUCUUGCAGAUGGAGGGCAAAAAAGUCGCAGUCAUGCACACCCUGAAGCUGAUCUCCGCGACCGAUCCGCAGUAUUCCACCACUUUGCUUACGUCUCUGAACGAGCAACGAAACAACGGAACGUUUUGCGACGUCACCAUCAUCAUCCAGGACAAGAAGUUCCGCGCCCACAAGACAAUCCUGUCCGCGUCGAGUACAUAUUUCCACCAGCUCUUCGUGGUGGCCGGGCAGGUCAUAGAGCUCAACUUCCUCCGAGCGGAGAUCUUCGAGCACAUACUUAAUUUCAUUUACAGCUCCAAGAUCGCACGGAUUCGCUCAGACAUGUUGGAGGAGCUCAUCUUGGCCGGGCAGACGCUCGGGAUCAACUUCAUUGCCAAGCUGGCCAAGCCGCUCUCGCGAGUCAAAGGUCUGCCCGGUUUGUCCAAGGAGGACGAAACCCGGGGUGAAGGGUCGUCGGAAAUGGUGAUGCCCAUCAUCUCGGAAUCCUUCUCCAUAUCUGCGGAAGAAUUCAGCAAACCGGCGGAUGACGACGACGACGACGUCAUGUUUGUCUCGCAGACGGACCCGAAAUCCAGGGUAUCGGGGGAUGUCAUCGAUUUGGAAAUGGAUUCAGUCGAGAAGGAGCCGAGCAAAGAAUCUAAAGAUCCAAAAGCAGGAGAUCCAAAGCUUCCUGACAGUCCGGCCAGCAGCUCCAACAAAACCCCCGCCAAGGUGUCCUCUGAAAGUACUCCCGGCGUCAUACCCGAACUCCAGACUGCCUCUCAGUCGUGUGGAAGCAGCGCGGCAAAGGGGGACACCGCGGACAUACCUGGAGUCCAAAAAAAGCAUGUUUUUUCUUCACCUCAGCAAGGGGAUUCCAAAAUCAGGCUGCUGGACGUCGCGAAAAAAACCGUGGUCAAACCUGCGACGGUCACCAAAAAGACGGUGACACUCAAUGCAGCCACGGAAAUCGAUUCCAUUUCUCCCAACUGUAAAGUCUACGCCAACAUCGGGGAGAACACCUACGAUAUCGUGCCGGUGAAGGAGGAUCCAGGAGAAGGCGGCUCCAAGUCCAACAAAGUGAAGCGAGCCAUAGCGGAAAUACCCGAGAACCUGAAGGCUGUAUCUAACAAGAAGAAGUCCAAAUCAGAGCCGGACGACCACUACGAGCUUAUCAUGGAUGGCAAGACCUUCUUUGUGUGCGUGGUGUGCAAGCGACCCUACGUGUGCCUCACCAGCCUCCGCCGCCACUUCAACACGCACUCGUGGGAAAAGAAGUACCCGUGCCGCUACUGCGACAAAGUCUUCGCCUUGGCCGAGUACAGGACUAAACACGAAAUCCAGCACACGGGCGAGCGGCGCUACCAGUGCUUGGUGUGCCACGAGACCUUCGUCAGCUACCAGAUGCUGUCCAACCACUGCAAGCAGGUCCACAACCAGGACCCGAGCGGCAGGAAGGCCAAAGACGGCGAGGAGAACCUCUACCGCCUGCUGCCGUGCAAGUCGGUGCAGAUGAAGCCGUACUCGUGGAGCACAGAGGGGGCCGCCGUCCCGUUCGUCUCAGAGGACGGCAGCUUGCACCACGGUCCCCAGGGCCACGAGGACGCCGUCCACCCGUCCCCUCAGAACCGCAUGUUGAACUGGAACGACAUUUUCGCGGAGUCCGAGGAGCAAAUGCUGAUUGGCGGGCAGGGACGGCCGCCCAUGAACGCUCGUCCUCCUCAGGGGAAGUCGGAAUACGUUUUCACUAUUCCCGAGACGUAUUGAGAGACGCUGACUACCCCCCACCCCCCAUCACACUUGUGCCUUCUACGGGGCCCCCUGCUUUGGACUUCUUCCUUCUUUUCCCUAAUGUUGGUCCAGAUAAGUGAAUGUUGACUCAACUCAAACAAGACUUUCCAUUUUGUUCCUUUCUUUGGAGGGAAGGUUUAAUGAUGGUGUUGAACUCCACAGUGUUGACGCCCAAGUAUGGACCUUUUAGCCCACAACAAGAUGGCAUUUGUUCAGUAAAAACAGAAAGCACUGCAAAUUACAGCAACUAAAACUGUACUGUAGGACUCUUUUUAACUACAAUGUGGUUUCUAUACGAUAACGUUGCUGAAGGCUUCGGUUUAAGCCAGGGGUGUUCAAACUUUGAUCAGGGACGUGCAUUGAUGCUAGAGGCUGGUGAGGCGCUGGCCUUUUUCAAGUGGACCUUUUAAUGAUUUUAAUUAAAUCAAUUUCUAUUUAUUCAGGAUAGCCCCAUUGAGAUGCAGCAUCUCAUUUUCAAGUGGGUCCUAAAUAACUUCCUUGUGGUCCAGAUAACAUGUAUUGGAUAUGCUUCGGUUUAAAUUCUGCGUAAAGUUUUUCCCACAGUCACUUUCACAACCCGUUUCCGGAGGCUUUCCUAGAUCAAAAAUGAAACCACACCCCACCCUCUCCUGAAAGAAUCAAUUUAUUUAUUUGAAAAUAUAUCUUGAAGUUGCCACCGCUACCUUUUUCCCCCUGACACGGUCGGAAAUAAACUUCGUAAACAUUAUACAGAUUCACCCGGUCACAACACUAGGUACACCUGCACACUCGCCGAUUGAUACAAAACUGCAUAAAAUGAUCUUGCUUUUAGCUUUUGGUCACUGCAUGUCGCACGUCUGUAUUAUUAUGCACUUGCCAAGAUUAUAUGAAGGUAGAUUUAUAUAUACUGCACAUGAAUAUUAGAAGCUCCUCCCCCCCUAGAGCAGAGAGCUUUAUGUAAAGGGCCCCGCCGUAUUGUUACUUACCUAUUGGUACCUGCAGUUGUGCAUUUGUGAUGUGCAUGACUCCCGAAAAUUUGAAAUUAAAUCGAGAAGGCAUUGCAGAGAUAUUUAGAAAAUAUUCUUGCCUUCCUUCAUAAUUCCGCCAAACGGACCGUUUGGAAUCUGCAAAAGCGGUGACGUCACCGGAUUAUCCAUAUAUUGUACACAUUAAAUUGAAUUAUAUUUAUAUAGCGCUUUUCUCUCGUGACUCAAAUCACUUUACAUAGUGAAACCCAAUAUCUACCGCAUUUUUCGGACUAUAAAUCGCUCCGGAGUACAAGUCGCACCGGCCGAAAAUGCAUAAUAAAGAAGGAAAAAAACAUAUAUAAGUCGCACUGGAGUAUAAAUCGCAUUUUUUGGGGAAAUGUAUUUGAUAAAACCCAACACCAAGAAUAGACAUUUGAAAGGCAAUUUCAAAUAAAUAAAGAAUAGUGAACAACAGGCUGAAUAAGUGUACGUUAUGUGAGGCAUAAAUAACCAACUGAGAACGUGCCUGGUAUGUUAACGUAGGGCCGGCCCGUGGCAUAGGCCGUAUAGGCAAAUGCUAAGGGCGCCGUCCAUCAGGGGGCGCCACGCCAGUGCCACAAAUGUUGGAGAAAAAAAAAAAAAGUUGGUACUAUUAUUUCUAAAUACAAAAAAUAAUCCCACGUUAAUUAAAAUGCAAAGUAAAGCCUAUUUAAUAGAAAUAUUAUUUGUUACAACAUUACGUCCCCUCCCCCCGCACGUAUCAUGACUCUUUUUGGACGUCACAUCAAAAAAUCAACACAAGAUGUCAAAACGGCCAAAACUGUCAGGUGCCCAGGGAAGAAAAAGAGAUAAGAAGAGGAGGAGAAACGAGAAAAAGACAGAGGUAGCAGGGAGGUAACGUUAGCCUACAUGAAAUUAUUUGUCUGUUACAGAAUGUGAUAGUAACCUGGCUUUUUAGCAUUAAGCUAAUGUUACAUGAUUCUGCAAUUGCUAAUCAAUAAAUAGCUAGUUCUGUUUUAACGUCGGGUUAAUAUUGUGGAGGGGGCUAAAUUGUUAUGGAAAAUAAUAAUGUAACGUUAGGUAAUUACAGUACUCCCACCUUACAUUCCUCAGGGACAUUUGUAUUAGAUCUUUUAAGCAGGUGUUUUUUGUUUACAUUGUUAUUGCCUUCUGGUUAGCUAAUGUUUGCCCUGCAGGUAAUAGUCACUUUUCCACCCCUUUAUAUAUUAGGUAUAGUUGUAAGCCUAGUUGUUAAAGUGCAUAUCAUUAAUGUUAAUUAAGCAAUAUCACAUGAGAGGGAAUGCUGUUUUUUAAUUUGAGCACUGCUGUGAUUCGGUUAAAGAUAAUCAUAACAUAACAUUCUCAUAUAAUAUGUUAAUUUGCUUUCUUUAAGUAAAAAAAAAGGUCAAAGACAAAGCUAUUCAGUUUCUUGUGAGUAUAUACACUUCACUGCCGAUGUGGGGGGGCGCCACCUAAAAUCUUGCCUAGGGCGCCAGAUUGGUUAGGGCCAGGCCUGUGUUAACGUAACAUAUUAUGGUAAGAGUCAUUCAAAUAACUAUAACAUAUAGAACAUGCUAUACGUUUACCAAACAAUCUGUCACUCCUAAUCGCUAAAUCCCAUGAAAUCUUAUACGUCUAGUCUCUUACGUGAAUGAGCUAAAUAAUAAUAUUAUUUGAUAUUUUACGGUAAUGUGUUAAUAAUUUCACACAUAAGUCGCUCCUGAGUAUAAGUCGCACCCCCGGCCAAACUUUGAAAAAAAACUGCGACUUAUAGCCCGAAAAAUACGGUAUGUAUAAAUAAUUUGAAAACACCCCACGGGCCAGAUUCCUUAUUAAAACUCAUGACAUCCAGGGGGCCAAAUUGAAGAUGUCGGCGGGCCGUAGUUUGGACACCCCUAGUUUAGCACUUUUCGACCAACGUAGCCGUGCCUCGCUGUUAAAAGACGGUAAAGACAAGCACCCGCCGGUCCACAUACGCCCCCGCCACUUUAUGGUGAGUCGGAGUACUGCACUCCUCGCCAUAUGACAAGAAUAAUGCUUAGUAAAUAUUUCUGCACACAGACACAUUCAACCCAGUUUAUGAAGGAGACCAGCGAGCAUUAUGGGUUUCGGCUUUGUAUUUAUCGGAAAUGUACUCAUUGAUUUUAUUUUUUUUAAAGGAAGUGUUACACGAUUGGGAUCAAACAAAAAUACAUUAUGGUUAAAUGGACAAAUAGCAUUGUUGAUUUUUAGGUUAUCAAUCAAACAAAUCAUUCCCAUCUUAGAUUAUUGUUGUAGGUAAUGAAGAAACAGUUGUCUAUCAAAUUAGUUAAUUUUAUUUUGAAAAAGGGCAAUAAAGGCGCUGCAGGUGAAAGCACUUUGGACACCCCUGGUUUAAGCAGACUUGAUCAUUUUACAUUCCCUGUUUUGAAUUCAAUUAACACCUCUUUGCACUUAAAUAUGAUUUUAAAUAUAUAUUUUAUUUGUAUUGUUUGCAAUCCUGCGUAUGGGUAUGACUGAAGGCAUUGAGUUUGUUGUACCAAGACUGUUUUUUCAAAGCCAAAAUCUGUAUCUUUAUGAGCAUGGACACGUUAAGACGACCAUUGACAGAAAAAAAUGCAGUUAGCACUUAGUAUUUAAACUUGUUUGGACUCUUUAAAAUGGACUUUUCACUGUGUCUAUGAGUGUCGUGGUUGAGUUAACGGGUAGAAGUAGCAGGGACUUCCUACGUCAUGUCAGUAAUGAUUAACAGAUUAACAUGGGGUUGUGUGUGUGAUGUACAGUAAAUGUGUCUUUAUUUUGUAGAGCCAAGCUUGCUUUUUUUAAUAAUGUGGCCGUAUGUGUAUUAAAAAAAAAAAAAAAAGGUUCCUUCCGUCUUUUUGACAAUAAAUU